GGUCAGGGAUUCUCUACACGAAGGUCUUAUCUGGGCUGGGCUGGUCUCCAUAUCUUGUCUUAUCAGACAGCGUCUCCAACUGGCAUAUACCAAUACACCAACAUGAAGUAUAGACUCUCUGUCAUUUGCAUCAGCGUUUUGCUACCUCCAAUCAGCGGCGAGAUGAAAGUGAUAGACCUUACCUGGGCCCACAGCAAGGAAAUGCCCCAAUGGCCAGUCGAGGGAAUUCCGAAAUUCAAGUUAAACAUCGUCAACCGUGGCUUCCUCGCAAAGUUGUGGUUCGAAAUAAACUGGUUUGUUACCCCCGAACACGGAGGAACGCAUUUCGAUUCCCCCGCCCACUUCGCCAAAGGUAAAUGGAGGGCGCAUGAGAUUCCGCCCGAGCGUCUGAUUGGUCCAGCGGUGGUUAUCGACGUGACGUCACAAGCAGAAAGGGAUCACGACUAUAGAGUAACAAAGUCUGACUUCGACAGGUACGAACGAGAGCAUGGUCGAAUCCCACACGGUGCCAUUGUACUCAUAAAUUCAGGUUGGGGCGCCCGUUUUCAAGACAAGAAACUUGUUUUCAACAGCGAGAAGAUCGACGACCCCUCCACUUACCAUUUCCCGGGUUACCACGAGGACGCCAUUUCCUGGCUGUUGACCAAUAGAAACGUCAGUAUGGUUGGGGUCGACACUCCCUCCUUGGAUUACGGGCAGUCGACGACCUUCAAAGUUCACGUGCUGUGUGGACAGAAUGGAAUUAUCGGACUGGAAAAUGUGGCCAACAUUGACCAGAUUCCAGUCUUCGGGGCCACAAUAUUUGUAGGAGCAAUGAAGGUGUUCGACGGAAGUGGUGGACCUGCCCGAAUUAUAGCGACCUUUGACCCGCUUGUUUCCCAUGAGUACAGAACGACGUGGAUUGUUGUCAUAGUUACCAGCGUAUUGUUUGGUAUCUACGGUAUAUACAUCACGUGUUUCAGGAUGCGUAGAGUAGGUGCAAGACAUACUGAAUAAAUUGUUAGGAAUAGGGAGAUUGUUCUCUUAAAGGUUUCAGAAAUUUCGACCUUACCUCAAUUCCCGACGAAAUCCUAAACAAAUGCCACCUUUCAUCAAUAGUAAACUGGCAUGAAGAAUCCGAUGUUAAUGAGAUUGUGUGUUUCCAUUUAUAAGUAAGUGGAAUCGACCACCUGUAUAAAGUUGGUUUGGUUGGUUUGCCUCGCUCAGCAAUAUUCCAGCUAUAUGGCGGCGGUCUGUAAAUAAUCGAGUCUGGACCAGACAAUCUAGUGAUCAACAGCAUGAUCUACGCAAUGGGAAUACGAUGACAUGUGUCAACCAAGUCAGCAAGCCUGACCACCCAAUCCCGUUAGUCGCCUCUUACAACCAUGGGCUACUGAAGAUCAGUUCUAACCUGCAUAAAGCAGCACACGAAACAACAGUAUUUCCCAGGUUUAACCAUGUGAGGAAAUAAACCCAAAUGUAAAAUGCACGUAUCAUUUCGCCACCAAAUUGCAUGUGCUUCUCAGGUGAUGACAUUAAAGAGUAUGAAUUAUAAAUAUGAAAAGGUAUGUAAAUAAGGAGUGUGAUGGUGUCAUUUUCAUACAAUUAUAGUUUGUGAAUUAAUUGUAAAUAUUGUUCAUUGAUGACACAGGUUGAGAUCGUGUAUGACCAGGUUUAGAUUUAUCCUAUAUUUCAUACUCUCCUAAAUGCUCGGCCAUUGGAAAACGAAUUAAUACCACACUGACAGAAAUUAGCAUAUAUUUCGGCGGUUCGGUAAUAUAACUGCAUUUCAUUACCAUUAAUGGCUCGUUAACGUCAGUGACGUAAUGAGGUAAUUGGUAACAUGUGAAGUGGAGAUUCACUUUUACACAGACAUUUCAAGUUUCCUGUUUAGGUCGAGUAUUUGUUAAACCAGACUUCAGCGUCACACUUGAUUGAAGUGAUAUCAGAUUUUAAACCAUCAAAAGAUCACAGGGAGUUUAGUGAUAAAAUUAUUUAAUAUAAAAUAACACUUUCCAACACGUUUAUAUCCAAGGCAUGAUAUUUGGAAUCUUUUCUUAUAUAAUCAAAUAACUGCACAGUUGCAUUAUGAGCCAAUAUGAUUGUUUCAAGGAAAUUAUCCCUUUGAGUAUGUUUCCGUAAACAUACAAAUGAUCCCAGCCCCGACAUCCGUAACCUCUAGAAUAACAGAGCCCAGUUCCAAAGUGUAUUCAGGCGUUUAAUUUAAACUAUAGGCGGACAAAUAGGUUUUAGUCCUACUCCGUGUUUACAUUGGAAAGUAACAGUCAUUUGCAGUCUGCUGGAAUUAAAAGCAUCGCCACGAAGGGAACAGGUCAAAUGGGCCGCAUUACAAAAGGAGCGGUAAAUCAAAAGGGCCACAACAAAGUAAAAGGCCACAAACAUUUAGCCAAAAGGGCCGCAUCAAAUCGUCAAAAGUGCCCCCAGUCACAAGGCACCAAAUAAAACAUAAUAAUAACAUCCUUCAGUGUAGAGCCUCAACUUUCCAUCAAGCAAAAGUCUUGCAUGUAGGUCUAAUUGCCUAGCUUCCUUGCGUGGAGCAGGGAUGAGCUUGUACAAUCCAAGAGUCCGCUCGCCAUUCCUUCUGUUUAUCCUUCUGUUCCAGCCUGAAUACAGAAUUAUAUGUAAAUGAUUAUUAGAUUUUUAUGAUA